ACAGCCAUGGCCGCCCUGCGCAGGCUCACCGCCUCCUUCGCCAACGGCUCCAAAACGGGGACGUUGACGUCGCGGGGACAGCAAACGUCCUCUCACGGGGCGAGGGCGCUGACGGUGAUCGCAGCGGGAGCGUGUGUCACCGCCGCGGCCGGCGCCGCGUACUACUGCUGCUCGUUUGUCGGCAGGCGCUCCGGACCGAAGAGCCACGUCGGGGCUCGACUCUCGCAUCUGGCGUUGCCUUCAGUUUCGGCCAGCGACAAGGCCAGGACCUAUGGUCUGGAUGAUGGAGAUGUGUACAUGUCGUCCUAUGAAAAGAGAUUUCGCCUGUUCAGUUCAGUGGAGUACGACGGGCAGCUGUACAUGACUCCACUCAACUUCAUCGAAUCCGUCACUCUGAACGAACCAAAAAAUAGAAGAGUAUGGAGGUCACUUACAAAAAAGGAAUUAGAAAAGAUGCUGGCUGAUACCCCACCUGUUUGGAAAGGAUCAUCUAAUUUGUUUAGGAAUCUUCGUGAACAAGGUGUCAUUAGUUACACAGAGUACCUCUUCCUGCUCUGCAUUUUAACAAAGCCCCAUGCAGGCUUCAGGAUUGCUUUCAACAUGUUUGAUGUAGAUGGGAAUGAAAUGGUGGACAAAAGGGAGUUCUUGGUGCUGGAAGAAAUUUUCCGCAAGAAAAAGGAUAGAAAAGAAGUUACUGAAGACGUGCAAAGAUUGGAGCAGCAAGUCCUGCAGCUUUACGGUCAUCGCAAAUCGCAGCCACACGGUGUUCGUAGAAAAGACAGUCAGCAUGUGGAGGCCCGGGGCAUGUGGGAUGUUCUCAAACGUGGCACAAGUCAAGUUCUGUUUUCUGAUCUCACUGAGCACGUGGAUGAAAAAACAGAGACAACGCUGCUGGUACAUUUCUUUGGGAAAAAAGGCAAAGCUGAAUUGAAAUUUGAAGAUUUUUACAAGUUCAUGGACAACCUGCAGACAGAAGUGCUUGAGAUAGAGUUCCUCUCCUACUCCAAAGGCAUGCCCACCAUCAGCGAGGAAGACUUUGCUCAGAUCCUCCUUCGCUACACCAAGGUGGACGACGUCAGCAGAUUGGAGAACUUGGAGAACGUGCGACACAGCAUGCCGGAUGAACAGGGGAUCACCUUUGAGGAGUUCAGGUCCUUCUUCCAGUUCUUAAACAACCUGGAGGAUUUUACCAUCGCCAUGCAGAUGUACAACUUUGCCAACCGCUCCAUUGGUCAAGAAGAGUUCACCCGAGCUGUCUACGUGGCUACGGGCGUCAAGCUGACCCACCACUUGGUCAACACCGUCUUCAAGAUCUUUGACGAGGAUUACGACGAUAAACUCAGCCAUAAGGAGUUCAUUGGAAUAAUGAAGGACCGGCUGCACCGUGCCAAUGGGGGUGUUCGAGUGGAGGAGAAGUUCAACUCUUUCAAGUCCUGCAUGAAGAAGGAGCUUUCAGGCAAAUAGGUGAAGAUCCCAGCAUCAGUGCAGGUCAUACAAACUGGACGAGCUUUGCCUCCUCUGUGCUCUCCCCCAGGGCAGAAAGGUUAAUGCAUGCUGCAGCAUCUUAUUGCACCAUGUUAGAAAUGUUAAAUAAACAGGAUGUGGCACAAACAGGAUGUGGUCAUCCUAAUUCACAAGUCUAGCAAUUGGUCAAACAAACACGUGACCUAUUGUGAACACACCGGUUUAAAACUAUUUAUUGAUUCAUCUACUUGUAAAUAUAUUUAUCAGUUAAAGAUUAUUAACACUGAUUUUAUAUAUUUAUCUAUAUGUCCAAACAUUGUUUUAUUACUGCUUUGCUAGUGUUCAUUUUGAUUCUCCUUAUGUCUUGAGUUUAUUCUGUAUGACAGCAGCAUUACCCACAUACUUUGUGAGUUUAUCUGCUCUGCAGCCCCCUGCACAGAUUGGUUUAGGACAGCAGCACCUCCCCUCCCCCUUAUCCUCCUCCUCUUUCCCAAAGCACUGCAACUAAAAUCCUCCAGGAUCCCCCAGAGCCAGAAGGCCUGAACGCACACACACACACACACACCCAGUCUGUGGCUUUGUCACUGUUAAACUAUAGGCAGCUACCAGUGUUAAUCAUCUCUUGGCUUGUAAAAACAGAAGUGCUAUUUUCAUGCCACUGGCAGGGAUGACCUAUUUAUAAAUAUGCAAAAUAUUAAAGCCAUAUCUUUGUUCCACUCUUGGGACACUCACCUUAAAAUAGUGUUGGUUUUAAAUGAGCAUUAGAUUAAAAUGACCUUCCCUUUAGGCUCUUUAAGGAAGAGUUUACACAUUAUCUUCUUUGCAGAAUUCCUCACUUGUACUUCUAUGUUAUGGAAGAAUUCUCGAUAACUCUUGUUUCCUGGUACAAUCUUUGCUUUGGGUGGCGUUAUGUACUGAAAAAGACUGAAUAUAUCAACAUGUUACACGCUCUAAUAUUAACCAGACUGAUGUAUUUGUAUUUCAGACUGCUUUCUGUUUGAAUGUUGAAUGUUUGGAUUAGUUAGUCUACUUCUUGAAGAGUUUUGGAUACUUCCCAACUGCUGCACUGAUGUUACAGCGCAGAUGCAUUUAUAAUGACAUGGUGCAAUA